CCUAGUCCAAUCUUGUGGUUAAUAAAAAUGUCAUUGUAUUUUAGUAAUAUUUUUAGCAUACAACGUAGACAGUUCUUUUGCAUGAAAAACCUGGAAGAACUUAACUUGAAAUAUAAUCAAAUCUCCACCAUCGACAACUUUGCCUUUCUGGGAUUGCAGAAGUUAAAGGUUUUAAAUCUAGGUCAUAACCAGUUAUCUGAAAUCAAAUCAUUUAAUUUCUUUGAUCUGCACUGCUUAGAGUACCUCAAUCUGGAGGCAAAUCCAUUGGUGCACAUUGAGGCAUUAUCUUUUGCUCACCUUAGUUCAAUACAGAAUGUGUCUCUGGGAGACCUGAACUUCCCUCCAGAAUCCAAGAUUGAGCUGAAUCUGACAUGUGUAUUUGGCAGCAUACCUCGGGGGCUGACAUACCUCUACAUCAGCUCUGGCAGAAGGCCCAUGACUCUUAUUAUUGGCAGCGAUGGUGCCCCAAACCCAGGCUUGGACCUGCAUGUCCACGGCGAGACAGUGUCUUUUCAAGACUGUGAGAGGCCAUUCUUUAGGGCUGUCGUUGAGCUAACUGCAAGGACAGAGUGGAUCCUUUGUGGGUCCAUCUUUGCUGGGAGCUACUUCAAGUUACUUCAAUGCUUCAAGCUGGAAUCAAUGCUCUCAACUUUAUUUGUGGAUCUAACUAGCCUGAAUACACUUGUGCACUUGAGGGAUUUGCAACUUAUAGGAGUAGACCUCAAUCGGCAGACUGGUCUUGCGAUCAUGUUUCACAAUUUGACCAGACUGGAGACUCUGAUGCUCCUUGGCUGCAGGAUCGACUACCUGGAAAAGGACCUGAGCAAAGACUUAGUCAUUGAGAGAAUUACGUUUGGUUAUUAACAAUGAGCUUACAAUCAUGGAAGAAUUCCCUGAGCCCCUGAAAAGCCUAAAGUAUCUGCUUAUACAAGAUCUACUUUUACAAUGCAGUUGCAACAAUGCUUGGUUUGAUAACUGGGCGAAGCGGAAUCGACAA